AUAAGUUCUUAGGAGUUCAAAACUUUAUUUGUAAUCGGAAAGUUCAGAAAUUUCCGAAAGUUUUCGGAAUCUAUUGUGAUCACAGGCUUAGGUGUACCGACUGUAUAUCUCCAUAUAUACCCGUGCAUCGUGUGUAAUGUUGGGAUCAAUUGCUGCAGCUGGUGCUUGGAUAAGAAAGUCCAAGGAGUAUUUUGUUGAAUUACAAUCCCUGAGGGAGAAGAAGGUUCAUCAAGAGAGGAAUCUGAAUGGUGAAUUACAAUCCCUGAAGGAGUUGGAGGAUCGUGUAGAGAGGUUGAGUGAGGGAGACAUUGCCGAACAAAUACAAUUUAAAGCGAUGCAAUCGAACCUGGAGAAACUGGCUAGAAAGCAAAAGCAGGUAGAGAAGCUGCUAAAGGAGACGGAGGAGCAGCUAAAGGAUCUGAUGAAUGAGCAGGAGAAGGAGGAGGAGAAUCCAAUGGAGAAAUGAUAACUAAUGCCUCUCUUUCCAAUAUUAUGCUUUCCUACACCCUAAACCCUAAACCCUAAACUUAGUGGGUUGUUUGUUUGCCCUGAUUGUUUAUUAAUUAGAUUUGGUGUGUACCGACUCGGAUAUGGGAAUUUUAUUAAUUAGAUUUGGUUC